UUCCAGCGGGCCUGCCAAAAUGGACAGGAUGGAUGCAACGUUUAGGCGAACGAUGACAAACGUCACGGACGUUUUGUUCCCUGUCAGUAAGACAGCACGUGAUCCGCAAAGACAACAGAUAAUUAAACCAGGUAACGAGUAUGUAACCAAUCUUCCCCUGCAGAUGGCGCUGUUCUUUAAUGCUUGCUACUCUCCAUUGUGGAUGAUUACAUCUGCUGUUGUCAUUGAAGCCAAGUUUGCGUACCUCAACAUGUUGUAUCAGAUCAUCGUGACUGCUGUCUUCAUCGCCUACAGCAUCAUAGAGAUAGUCCGGCUAUAUCUUGGCUAUGUGGGCAACCUCAUGGAACGGGUCCCCGAGCUGGCCGGCUUCUGGCUGCUGACGGUGCUGCUACAACUGCCUCUCAUUCUGUUGAUGACCUUCAAUGAAGAUGCCAAGAUAGUUCCCCUGGAGCGUGCCGUGAACAUAGUGAAGGCUCUGUUUAUUGUGUUUGAGGUGAUUUGUGGCUACUUUGCUAUUAGGAUCAUGGUGAAUUAUCAAGUCACGAAGUUUCAUCUUCAGCAGUUCACAGACCUGGAGCAGAUAGAGGACCCUUACUACCAGCAUGAUGAUGGAUAUGUCAUGUGAUCUGACAAUGGAUAUGUCAUGUGAUAUGCCAACACAUGUGAUAUGUCAAUAGAUAUGUCAACAAGAGAUGUGUCAUGUAGAGUGGUGGUGUAUUUUGAGAGAUACAUUGUCAGAAAUUUCAUGUUUUGUUAACAGACGCUGUUUAUAUUUCUAUAUGGUCAACAGUAUGUCAAUGACUCAACAUGUGACCAGUCAACAUGGUCAUCUGUGAUCCAGGUAAGAGAGGAACUCAUGCAUAAUAGCGAGGAUCUGUCAGAUGUACAUGUAGCCUUCAUCCCUGGGUAACAGAUACUGAUCUGAUCAAAUAAUUCUGACAUUGAUGUCUCAUAGCAACUACCACAUCUGUCCAUAAUGUAACGCUGUCUGUCCAACUCCAUUGGUACUGACUUGCAUCUAUUUUCCGUCCAUUUUAUGAAUCAGCUGAUCCUUUGGAAAUACUGACAUACUCUCCAUAGUGCUGUUUUUGACCGUCCAAAGGAAUGCUUCAGAAAGUAGUAAGCUCCUGGUGCAGAACUAAGUGGUGUAGGCUCAACCUGUUCAGGAUAACUGUCAACAAGGUUUUGCUAAUACUAUUGCCCAGACUGUCAGUUACAGGAAUGUCACAGUUGUCAGGAAUAAUUAUUAAUUUCUGUAGCAUAAUUUGUGAUACAUUGAUACACUAGUGGAGUAUCAUGAGAUAAAAGUCAGUUGAUACAGCACUAUACCAGGCUACACUACACAAAAGAAGUUUAAGAAAUGCCAUGAGAGAUUAACUAUGGUAAUAUGGAAGAAUCAGUGGGCCCUUGACUUCUUUUGAGUAGCAUAGAUUGUUUGUAUCUAUGUGAGUAAGUCAGUGUACAUGGGGCAUAUAUUGUAUCACAGCCCUUGUAUUGAGAUACAAAUAGUAGCUGCCCACAUCAUUACCUCCAGGUCAGGAGAGUCUUGUACAUGGUUUGUACAUGUGUAUAGCAUGUAUAUGGUUGUAACUUGUUGACAAACGUUAUCUCAGUUGUAAUUAUGUCAUUAUAUUUAUUUUACCAUUUUAUUACAAUAAAUCAUAUAUUUCUAG